UCCUUCAAGGCAGCUCGACCAAACCCUCGACGCGGCCGCACCCAAACCCAAACCCAAACCGCCAAACCCUCUUCCCCAUGUAGUACUGGUUCCACCCUUCCCCACCAAAACCCUAGACACCGCCGCACCAAGCCGCCGCCGCCGGCGCUGAUGGACGAGCUCGUAGAGCAUCCGCUACUCCGCCUCUCGCCGGAGCUCGUCGACGAGGUACUUGUCCGCCUUCCGCCGGAGGAGCCCGCCUGUUUCGUCCGUGCCUCCGCCGUCUGCAAGCCCUGGCGCCUCAUCCUCGCCGAUCCAGGCUUUCGCCGCCGCUACCGCGAGUUCCACGGAACACCUCCCGUCCUGGGUUUCUUCCAGAAGGACGUUAGCUUCUUCCCCACAUCCGCCCUCCCCCCUGCCCAGCCUAACGAUCCUCGCUGGGUUCCCCUGGACUGCCGCCACGGCCGCGCCCUCUUCGCCUUCGCCCCCGCCAUCUUCGCCUUCGACCCCGCCUACCGGAACGUCGUGGAAGGGCAGACCGUUGGACUAAUCAUCUGGGACCCUCUGACGGGCCACGGGCGCCGCUUGCCCUCACCGCCGGGCGACAGUGAGCUCCAGUUCACGUUCAGUGCGGCGGUGUUCUGCGCCGCACAAGGCUGCGACCACCACGGUUGCCAAGGAGGGCAUUACCGUGUGAUCAUCGUGACCACGAAUAAGCGGCAAAACGUCACAUCGGGCCGGAUGUACUCGUCGGAGACUCGAGUGUGGGGCAAGCUCACCUCUAUUCAUCACCCCAGUGUGGAGUAUACCUAUACCUAUAACUUGGCCGCGCCUAGCGUCAUUGUGGGCGAUGCACUCUACUUCAACAUUGGUAGCAUCUUGAAGUGCCAACUUGGUACACUCCGCUUGUCAAUGUUCGAGAAGCCGAUCGAUGGCAAUGGGCGUCUCAUGACGGCGGAAGAUGGCAAGCUGGGAUUUGUUGCUGUGGUUGAUGUCACAGAUCUAACCCUAUGGUCAAUGCAGACUGGACCGGAGGGAGCCACGGGAUGGGUAAAACUCAGGGCAAUCGAUCUUAACAGGCUACUCCCUAAUGGCGCCCUGCCGGUCCCAACAUGUGAAUUUGGGAUUAGGAGGUGGGUGCGUGGAAUGCUUGUCAGUGGCGUCGCAGAGGGCACCCAAGUCAUUUUUGUGAAAACACAAGUUGGUUCCUAUAUGGUUGAUCUCAAGGCAGGGCGAGCCAGGAAGGUGUCUCGCCUUGGCAGAAAAAUCUUUCCCUACAUGAGCUUCUACAUCCCAGCAAUGGAAGCAGCCUGUAGUACUGUCCAGGGGCAGUGAGCUGGGGCUUCAACUGUUUGCCAAGCUCUAGUUGCUGGAGCAAGCACUUCUGGAUCAAGAGAAGGCGGUUGCAGUGAUGUGGCCCAAGUGCAGCUAGCUCUGGACCUCUUGGAACUUUGUUUAGGAAGUUGCUAUUCUGUAGACUGCAGUAAUUAUCUAGGCUGGGUUAAGGACCAUUACUUAGCAUGUGGUGUGGAACUUAAUUUAGGAAGUUGCUUACAAUACUUUUCAGUCGCUCUGUCAUCUUGAGAAUGAUGGCACGAGCAUGUCAAGGAGCUCAACAAGCUGCAUACAGUACUUCUCAAGACUUGUAGGCUGAAUUAAUCCACAAUACAUAUG